UUCUUUCCUUCCAAGAAAAAGCCAGCUUUGGAUUUUCUACCACGUUCCUCUCUCUCUCUCUCUCUCGCUCUCUCGGUCAUACCAAUCGACUGGGAGAUUUCAUCUCUGAAUCUACUAUUGCGACGGUUUCCACACUGGACCUACGAAUUGGGUAGCGAUGAAUUCGUCGCAGUUUAUGGAUAAACAGAUCAUGGGUCUCUCAGGAUCGCAGAAGGACGAUUUCUUCGAGCUGUUGAAGCCAUCGGAUGAGCAGAACGGCACGAAGAAGGAUGAGAUUAUGCCCAGCUACGACUUUCAGCCGAUUCGACCGAUCGCAACGGGUUCCCCAAAUGCCGAUGGCGAAACUAGGGUUUGGUCCUCGGCGGAUUCGAAGCCCUCGUCCUCUAGAAAUUAUGUCUCACUGGAACCUGGUGAACCUAUGAAAGCUUCUCAAGAACGGGAAAAGGAAGUUUACAACAAAGCUACAAUAUCUGAGAUUGAUCGUACAAUGAAAAAACAUGCGGAUAACCUUCUUCAUGCUUUGGAGAGUAUCAGUGCACGCUUGACACAGCUGGAAAGUAGAACUCGCCAUCUUGAGGUAUCAGUAGAUGAGUUGAAGGUCUCAGUUGGGAAUCAUCAUGGCACCACUGAUGGAAGGCUGAGACAGCUGGAAAUUAUUCUACGAGAGAUAAGCACUGGUGUGCAGGUGCUGAGAGACAAACAGGAAAUUGCAGAAGCGCAGUCACAGCUUGCAAAGCUGCAACUGCCGAAGUCUGAAUCUCAGGCACCUGAAACUCCGAAAUCUUCUCAUUCAGAAGUUGUUCAGCAGCCAUCUGUGGCCCCUCCUGCUCCGCAAGUUCUUCAAGCACCAGCACAGCCACUCCUCCCUGCACUUCCUCCACCGCCAAAUGCUCCCCCUCCACCUCUCCCACAACCACCUCCACUUCUCCCACAACCACUUCCACCUCCUAGUCAACCUGCUCCAUCCCAGGUACCACCAAUCCAGCCUCCUUUCUACCCACCACCGCCACCACCACCUCCUCCUGCUCCUCCAGCUGAGCCACCACACUCACAGUAUCAGCUGCCACCUCAACCACAAGAGCUUCCACAACAGCAGUAUCAAUUACCACCUCAGCAACCAGGCCUGCCUCCACAGCACUAUCAAAUGCCACCUCAGAUGAUGCCAACACCUCCUCCUAGUGGAAACCCUCAAUAUCCUCAGCAACCGCCACACCAACCUAGCCCCCCAUCUUUAGGUCCUCCACCUCCACCCCCACCACAGCAUCCAGAGGAAACAGUGCCUUACAUGCCUCCCCCAUCAUACCCUCCUGCUUCUCGUCAACAAACUGUGAUGCCUCCACCACCCGCUGUUCCACCUAGUUCUCAACCCUUCUAUGGCCCCUCUCACAUGUAUGAGCCACCUCCCACGCGGACCAGUUCAGGGCAGAUGCCAUAUCCGUCUGGCUAUGGCCCUCCUGCUGGCCCUAACUUGAGUGACUCGUACGGUUAUUCAGGCUCUCCCUCUCGCUAUGAUGGCCCUCCAAUGAAGCCAUCACAUCCUCCAUCUGCUCCAAGUGGUGGUAGUGGUUACCCACGUCUGCCAACUGCCCAAGUCCUGCCUCAUGCACUUCCAACUGCUUCUAGUGUUGGGAGCAGCCCAAGUUCGGGCCCAGGAAACCGUGUUCCCAUUGAUGAUGUGGUUGAUAGGGUUACAGCUAUGGGAUUCUCCAGAGACCAAGUCCGUGCCACAGUUAGGAAGCUGACAGAGAAUGGUCAGUCAGUCGACCUGAAUGUGGUACUUGAUAAAUUGAUGAAUGAUGGAGAGAUCCAACCACAAAGAGGUUGGUUUGGCCGAUAAGUUAAGAUCUUGUGCCGCUUCAAUUUGUUGUGUAAAGUUAACGAUAAGUAACUCUGUCUAGUACUGUUGUCCACGAACUAAGCUUCUUGUUGGCAAGAUAUUUCUUUGCCAUUUUUACUGUUCAUUGUGAAGGGACCUGUUGCAGAUCGGUGGAGUUUCAUGGUGGACCCUUCUGUUGCUUUUCCGGUUUCUAAAUUGGCUGCAUUGUGUAUCACGUCAUAUAUACAUGAGAGCAGAAACUAUUAGAAUUGGUUUAAGCGUUUUCUUGAUGCAUAUAUGAAUAAUCUGUUCGUUUCA